AUGCUCGUUGCCUAUAAAGCCUCAAUCCAUUCAACGCAACAAAGCCUUGUACCCAUAAAAGACCUUCCUCCACCUCUUAGCCUCAGAUGUCUUGCAUCCCGCCAUGACAUCGUGUUCCCAUACAUCCGCCACCACCAACACGACUUCGUGGAGAAACGUGGAGGGUCGACCUGGCAAAGACUUUACGAGAAGAGUGCUCCCACCUAUCCGAGUUUCCUCAACGAGAUCAAUGGUGUACCUGGCAUCAACAUGACACGUUUGAAUGAUAACGUCGGUGCGAGUUAUGAUGAACACCCGUACACCUUCGAUCCGCCACACCUUGGUGCCAGACGCUCGGUACAUGUUUCAAGCCGACCCAGCGUGGACAUUUCUCAGGACCAAUUUCCUGGCUACCGCUUGGUAUCACUCCAGGAUGCCACAACGCUCGUCGCAUCCGGUGUACCCAUUCUGUGCCUUGUAGGCAGGGGAGCAGACUCGCCGCAGCCGAACAUGACGGAACCCGUCCCUUACGCCUCAGAAUGGAGCACACCUCUCGUCCCUGCCGCCCUACCCAGCAACGUGAUACAUGCCCCGCCACUCGCGGCUGAUGGCGUUAUCUCGGUCGCGUCCAUUCAAAGCUUGGUCUACCCGCCUGUUGUCGACACAAGCCGUACGACGCAUGUGAUGGGUAGUGAAACGUCGAUGACCACCAGCCAGGGUCCCACGCCCAUACCCCAGACAGGUCCACUAGACCGAUUCGUCGAUGCCCACGCCGAAAAUGUGGUCGCAGCGGCAUCUAACACGAUGGAGAUGUUGGGCAGAGGCGUGCUUGCCAGUACCCAUCAUCACGGGCAUUCCGGUAUUUGCGGAAGCUCUCUCUCAGGACACGCCGUGGACACACUCGAGCCUGCACAUCGCUUGCAGAACCCGCAAUCUCGAGGUGAGCAUGUUCCAGCAACGAAGACCUGCGGAUGGGCUGGAUGCGAUGCGCAGCUCGACGACCCUUCGGCGAGCAGCAUCCGCCGCCACUUUGAGGAGCACCACGCUGCGGACUAUCACACGAAUAACGAAGACCGUGACGCGAGGCAGCGCCUGGUGUGCCGGUGGGGACAGUGCAAGACAAAAGUGAAGAAGGGGAAUUUGUACAAACACAUCCGCACUGUGCACCUCCGCAUGAUGGAAACGACGUGCAAGUGUUGUGGGCGUGUUUUCUCCAGACAGGACGCCCUCAUCCGGCACCAGGCGAAAUUUGGACACUAG